AUGGCAUCAACAAAAGCCAAGAGUGGAAUGAACAAUGAAAGCAGUGCGUAUCGGGAGAGUGGCAGGACAGGCGCCAGCAGUCCCACGUUAGCUGCAGGGGCAGCAGCUCUCUCAAUAACCAGCAGUAGGACUUACUCUCUCGAUGACUUCGAUACAAUUGCCACUGUCGGCACGGGGACCUUUGGGAGGGUUUUCCUGGUGAGAGACAAGAAGACAAGGGACUUCUUUGCCCUAAAGGCCAUGAAGAUCCCAGACGUCAUCAGGCUUAAACAGGAGCAGCACGUCCACAAUGAGAAAGAGGUCCUCACAGAGGUCAACCACCCCUUCCUCAUCCGACUUUUUUGGACGCACCACGACGAGCGGUUCCUCUACAUGCUGAUGGAUUACGUGCCGGGCGGAGAACUCUUCAGUUACCUGCGAAGCCGCGGGCGCUUCAGCAACAACACGGGCCUCUUUUACUCGGCCGAAAUAGUGUGUGCCAUCGAAUACCUCCACUCCAAAGAGAUCGUCUACCGUGACCUGAAACCAGAGAACAUCCUGCUGGACAGGGAGGGUCACAUCCGACUCACCGACUUCGGUUUCGCAAAGAAACUGUCCGACAGGACGUGGACACUGUGUGGCACUCCGGAGUACCUGGCUCCAGAGGUGAUCCAGAGUAAAGGUCACGGCCGGGCAGUGGACUGGUGGGCGCUAGGAGUACUCAUCUACGAGAUGCUAGCAGGGUAUCCUCCGUUUUUCGACGAUAAUCCCUUUGGUAUCUAUCAGAAGAUCCUGGCGGGAAAGCUGGAAUUCCCACGGCAUCUGGACUUCUAUGUGAAGGACCUCAUCAAGAAGUUUCUGGUGAUUGACAGAGCGAGAAGACUGGGAAACAUGAAAAAUGGAGCCGAGGAUGUGAAGAAGCAUCGAUGGUUUAAGCCCAUAGACUGGGAGGCAGUGCCUAACAGGAGACUAAAGCCUCCCAUAGUUCCAAAGGUGUCUCACGAAGGCGACACGUCCAAUUUCGACAUCUACCCCGAGGACGAGUGGAAGAAAGAGGCGCCGGUGCCUCCAAAAGAUCUGGAAAUGUUCAAGAACUUCUAG